ACUCCUUUACAAUGCAAGGAUGGUGAUUCCGACAUCGAUGCAAAAGGAAAUCCUACGAAGAAUCCAUGAAGGUCACCAAGGAGUUGUCAAGUCUCGUGCAUUUGCCAAGUCUUCAGUGUGGUGGCCAGGAAUUUCACACCAGAUCGAAGAGGAAGUACGGAAAUGCUCAAUCUGCGAAAAACACAGACGGCUAUCACCAUUAUUUGUUGAUCGUCGAUUAUUUCUCCCGAUGGAUAGAGAUAGUCCUACUCAGAAAGACAACGUCGUCAACUGUGGUUGAACACUCAAAGUCUAUAUUUGCCAAGUAUGGAAUACCAGAGAUUGUCAUAAGUGACAACGGACCUCAGUUUGCUUCAUGUGAGUUUGCAAACUUUGCAGAAACAUACGGGUUUGAACAUAAAACGAGCAGUCCAAAACAUCCACAAGGGAACGGCGAGGCUGAAAGAGCUGUACAGACAGUGAAAAAUCUUCUUCGAAAAGCAGAUGACCCCCACAUUGCCAUUCUCAACUAUAGAGCAACGCCACUCAAACAAGGACAAAGUCCAGCAGAACUUUUGCAAGGAAGACAGUUGAGAACCAAAUUACCUAGUCUGCCAUCUCAACUGAAACCUCAGGGCCGGAAGCUGAAGCAGUUUCGUUCUGUUGAUAAACACAUGAAGAACCAGCAGAAGAACUACUUCGAUAGAAGGCAUGGCGGUAAAAGACUUCAGAAUUUCGAACGAAACGAAACUGUCUGGAUUACAGAACCUAAGCUUGAAAAAGCAUCAAUCCUCAAACCCUAUCAAUCAAGAGGAGGAGAUGUACAUGAGAGGUCUUAUCUUGUUGACACUCCAAGAGGGAUGAAAAGACGAAAUCGAUCCCAUCUACGCAGACGAAGCCUUGGUCCGUGUGAUGAAAGGAAGUCAACACAUGUGGCUACAUCGCUGAUCUCAACUCCAAGAGACAGGCUAAGUCAAACAGAUGACAGACACCCUCCAGACAAUGCUGUUAUCGGAACCAAGUCAGGUGGUAAUGGCAACAACAAAUCAUCGUCGUUGCCUGUGACUGCACCCAGGUGUGCAUCACCACCAAUGCAACACACCCAUAGUGAGCAAACACAAACACAUUACACAACACGAAGUGGCCGAGAGAUUAAACCUCCACAAAAAUUAACACUAUAGGGUCGAUGUCCUACAGACAUACAUGCUUUUGCGUGUAACAGAAAUUGGCCUUUGUUAAGAUGUGUAGCUAUACAGCACUCUGGUCACAACAAUUGCAACAUACAUUAAAGAUUAGAAAUUUUGCAUACACAUAAAAUGCAUCAGAAUGCAUUCACAGGUGCAUUAGACAUGCAUCCUAUUUCAAAGAAUUUUUGAGUUUUGAAACAUACACAUUUAGGUGGAAUUUCAUACUCGUCUACUGAAUGAUACAUGUACUUUAAUUACAAAAGCCCAACACAAGG